AUGCCGCUUUCCAACGAUGGGAAAGUGAACGAGACUAGCAAUGGACUCGUCAAUAAGCUUCGUGAGAUGGCUGGUGACGUCCCACAUAGCUUCAGGCCGGCCCAUGCAAAAGGCCAUCUAUUGAGCGGAAUUUUCUUUCCAACAGCCACCGCAUCGGGUCUAUCUUCGGCCCCGCAUUUCAACGAACCUUCUACACCACUCACUGUUCGUUUCUCCUCAUCCACCGGCAUACCCCAAAUACCCGAUAACGACGCAAACGCAAACCCGAGGGGUCUGGCAAUUCGCUUUCACCUACCCUCUCCCGACGGAAAGCGUCACCAUACCGAUAUCAUAACGCACUCUACGCCGUACUUUCCUACACGUACAGGCGGAGAUUUUCUCGAGUUCUUGCAGGCAGCAACAGGGGAUAAUCCUGGGGAGGCCGUACCUGAGUUCUUGGAACGGCAUCCGGAAACCUCACGGUUUCUGAAUGAGGUGAGACUAAGCCCCGAGAGCUUUGCUACGGAGAGGUUCUUCGGCGUGAAUGCAUAUCGAUUCAUCAAUAAAGAGGGCCAGGUCACGACUCUGAGAUACCGGGUUUUGCCAGCUGCUGGUCAGAAGUAUAUCGAUUCAGAAGGGUUGAAGGGAAAAUCUUACCUCUUCGAUGAGUUGCCUUUGCGUUUGGAAUCUGGGGAAGUUAAGUUCAAACUUGUAGGACAGGUCGCUCAAGAGGGUGACGUGACGGACAAUGCGACUGUCCUCUGGCCUGAGGAGAGAAAGAUAGUCGAGCUCGGUAUCAUCAAGGUUCAAAAAAUAAUGAGCGAUUCAGAAAGUCUCCAGCAGCAAAAGACUAUCAUUUUCGACCCGAUACCACGUGUUGAAGGGGUGGAGCCGAGCGAUGACCCACUCCUAGACGUCCGCGCCAGCACCUAUUUGAUUUCUGGGAGACAGAGAAGAGCAGCAGAGUAG